AAGUGUCUUUACCUUUUGAACGAUAUGCCGACCAUUCUCGUGAAUCUAUUGUUGCUAAUUCCCGCUCAACUUCUUGUAUGGAUUUAGCGACUGGUCUCAAUGGAGGCGGUGGAUCUGCUAGCGGAACUUUUGAAAGGCGUUCUAGACAUACAGCUACUUUGGCCGAUAAUGAACGAAUUCGUGUUGUUUUGAAUUGUAUAUAUCACAUGGUUGAGUCUUUACGUCGUGAUGAAAUCAUUUAUAAUUCAGUUUGUCUCUUAUUUGAACAACAAACCCCGGGAUAUCAAUCGCCGAAGUAUACUUUCGAUCUUCUUUUCGACGGGAAUAUUCACUCUCGCUUAAAAACGUUGAGGAAACAAUUUAUAACAGAAUUAGAGGAACCGUUGGAGCACAGCAAAAUGCCAUUAGCAAUUAUUUUGCUUGAUAUGAUGCCUACUUUUGUUCGUGCCAAAAAUCCUCAUUAUCCUAUUAAGAAGGUCAUUUUACUUUGCUGGAAAGUAUUACUUACAACACUUGGCGGGAUUGACUUCCUUCUUGAAGAGAAGACCCGUAAACGACGAGAUGCUUUACUUGAAUAUAUUGAAGAUACGCAACAUGUAUUUUCUCUUUCUAAGCCUAAAGUUCGUGAAGAGGAUAUCAAAAGUUUUCUGCAAAAUGCGCGCCAAAAAUAUUUCAAUUAUCAAUUACCUAAUGAUUCCACUACUUUGUUUGGUUUACCUAUGCCUGUUCAAACAAGCGUUGCCGCUCUUCGUCGGAAUUUAUACACUUCAUUGGGUGAAGUUCAGUUAAAAGCAGAGGAGCGUUACAACAAAUAUCCAUUUUCCCAAAAAGAAUUUAUUGAGGAAACACCUACCGAACGAUUAUAUUCACGUAUAUUACCUGAAAUGGCGGAAUAUGUAAUUGCAAUACUUAAAGUUAUUCUUGCAUCGUUGCCUUCUUCUAAAGCAAAUAAUGAUGCAGUAAUCAUUCUGUCGGAUGUACUCACGCCAGAAACUGAUACAAAUGAGGUUUUAUCUAAUUCAAUAAGUCUCGAUCUUGCUCAUUUGGGAAGUGGGAAUGUGCUUGAAGACAAUAUACGUGUGGCGAUUGAUAUAAACAGACACAAAGAGUUAAUUAUCAAAGGAGCGUCUUCAAUAAUCAUCUUGUUACUAAAGCAUUUCCGUCUGAAUCAUGUUUAUCAGUUUGAAAAUUUUGCUCAAUAUUUGAUAUUGGCAAAUUGCAUGCCUUUAGUGUUGAAAUUCCUCGAUCAAAAUAUUUGCCGUUAUUUUCAAUCCAAACAUGAUUUGGCACCCUUUAACUAUCCUCAAUGUGCACUUUAUAUUGUGAGAAAUGGAAAUGAACGUCCACCACUUACAGCUGAUAAUGUUGAUGGUGGGACUAAUACUGAAUCUCCUGGAUACUUUCGUUGGCGAAAUGUUUUUUCAGCAAUUAACCUAUUACGUGUUAUAAAUAAACUGGUCAAAGGAAAACAGGCACGUACAAUGAUGUUGGUUGUUUAUAAAUCGGCACCUGUCCUUAAAAGAUGCAUGAAGGCAAAACUUGGAAUAUUUCAACUUUAUGUACUCAAACUCCUCAAAUUACAAGCACGAUAUUUGGGCCGGCAAUGGCGUAAAACAAAUAUGGACAUUAUCUCUGCAAUUUACAUGAGGUGUAGACAUAGACUUAAUGACGAUUGGGCAUAUGCAAAUGAAACAACUCGAACAAAAUCUUUCGAUUACCAUAAAGAAGAGAAUGAAUUGAGUAUAGCCAUAAGACGAUUUAAUACAAGGCGAUAUCCGUAUCUUCAAUUACGUGGUGAACAUCCGUAUAAUACUUCUGAAUGCCAACAACAAAACAAUCAACUUAGUGAUUUUAUUCUUACACAUUCUUCAAGUCAAUUGGAUGAACUUGCUGGUGAAUGGGACCCUAAAGUUUGGGAGCCUAUGGACAAUUCUCUUCAAACUGCUUUGGCCUGGGAACCAGUUUUCAGUGAUCGUUUUCUUCAAAAUUAUGAGCAAUGGUUGGAACAAGAAGUAUAUGGACACCAGACUGAUUGGGAUGGGUUACUAUUAAAAUCACGUGGUCUUUUGGAUAUCUAUUGUUGA